UUCAUAAAGGAAGUCACGUUGUGAGAUUCUGAUUAGUUGUUUCGCUGGAGGCGUUGAAACGGCCCUCUUAACAGCUCACUUGGUUUCACAUUCCUCUCCAUUUUGGAGAAUAUUCUAAUUGCUUGUUAUAUAAAUAUAUGUUCCUCUCUCUCACAAAAAAUAUUACAGCAUCGGCAGAUAGAAAAUGGCAUCGUUCUUGGACAAGGCAGCUUCUACUUUUAACGAAGCCAAAGAAUCUGUUACAGCCACCGCUGAAUCCGUCGGUGCCUCUCUAACUGAGGCUCAGAAAACCGUCGCAGCCUCCGCUGAAACUGUGACGACCUCUCUAACCGAUGCUGGAGAAAACGCUGCAGCCUCCGCGGAAACCGUCAAGAGGUCUUUAACCGAUGCUGGAGAAACCGUUGCAGCCUCCACAGAAACGGUCAAGAGUGAAGCCGCAGCAGCACCAGAGAAAGUGUCUAAUGUGUCAACACAGGCAAGAGAGGUAAUGGACAAUGUUUUAUCAAAAGGUUUUGAAGGACUCAACACCUUGCUUCAUGGUUUUGAGGAGAAGAAGACUGAUAUUUCCUCCAAGAUCGUUGACGUUGCUACCAAGGCUGUUGCUGGUGCAUCGAGCAGCACCACCGUCGCAAGCCGAGACGUUCCUAUAUCCACAGACAAUCAGCCUUUGUUGGCUGGUGAGUGUGGGGCUGAGACGACUCCGUGGUGGAAAAAUUGUUGUGGAGUUCUUGAUCUUCUCAAGACAUCUACUUCAAAAUGAAAGGCUAAUGCAUUCACCAUGAAGGAAGGACAGAGCACUAGAAGAAGGAACCUAUCCCAAAACAACUUUUGAUUAUGUAUUUGCUUUCUUUUAUUUUAUUUUGAUUUGUUAUUGUGUCUAUCUUAAUUUUCAUUGUUUUUUGUUUCACUUUUCUGUUGAUAAUUCUGUUGAGUCUUGAUUGUUUUCAAGAAGUUGUGUAAGAGCCAAUAAACCCAAAAAAUGUAAUUUCCUUUGUGAUGAGUGACGGAUUCUAAGGAACUUCUAAA